GCUGUCCGGAUGUACAGCACACAGGCGGCCGAGAACAAAGAGGAGGAGCCCCUGCACACCAUCAUCAGCAACACUGAGAACGUGAAAGGUGCAGCCUCUAAACAUGAGUUUCAGGCUGAAACGAAGAAACUGCUGGACAUUGUUGCUCGUUCCCUGUACUCAGAGAAGGAGGUGUUUAUCCGGGAGCUGAUCUCCAACGGCAGCGAUGCGCUGGAGAAGCUGCGGCACCGGCUGAUGGCAGAAGGGAAGGCCCUGCCAGAGAUGGAGAUCCACCUGCAGACAGACAGUGGGAAGGGAACCAUCACUAUCCAGGACACAGGCAUUGGGAUGACCCAGGAGGAGCUGGUUUCUAACCUUGGUACCAUUGCUCGAUCAGGCUCAAAGGCCUUUCUAGAUGCUCUGCAGAGCCAAGCUGAAGCCAGCAGUAAAAUCAUUGGACAGUUUGGAGUGGGUUUCUACUCAGCUUUCAUGGUGGCAGAUAAAGUGGAGGUGUUCUCUCAGUCUGCAGAGCCAGGCAGCCCGGGCUACCACUGGUCUUCUGAUGGUUCAGGAAUGUUUGAGAUUGCAGAAGCAUCUGGGGUCAGAACUGGGACUAAGAUUAUCAUACAUCUCAAAGAAGACUGCAAGGAGUUUGCAAAUGAAGAGCGAGUCAAGGAGGUGGUGACAAAAUACAGCAACUUCAUCAGCUUCCCACUGUACCUCAAUGGGAGAAGAAUCAACACAUUGCAGGCUCUCUGGAUGCUGGACCCUAAGGACAUCGGCGAGCAGCAGCACGAGGAGUUCUAUCGCUUCAUCGCUCAGGCGUACGACAAGCCGCGCUACGUCCUGCACUACAAGACUGAUGCUCCCCUCAACAUCCGCAGCAUCUUCUAUGUGCCUGAGCAGAAACCUUCCAUGUUUGACAUCAGCAGGGAAAUGGGCUCCAGUGUUGCCCUCUACAGCCGCAAAAUUCUCAUCCAAACCAAAGCUGCAGAUAUCCUGCCCAAGUGGCUGCGUUUUCUUCGAGGUGUUGUGGACAGUGAGGAUAUACCCCUGAACCUCAGCAGGGAGCUGCUGCAGGAGAGUGCCCUGAUCAGGAAGCUCCGUGAUGUCUUGCAGAAGAGGUUGAUCAAGUUCUUCAUUGACCAGAGCAAGAAGGACCCUGAGAAAUAUGCCAAAUUCUUUGAGGAGUACGGGAUGUUCAUGAGAGAGGGGAUUGUCACAAUAGCAGAGCAGGAUGUCAAGGAGGACAUCGCGAAGCUGCUGCGCUACGAGUCGUCGGCCCUGCCCGCGGGGCAGCUGACCAGCCUGGCCGACUACGCGUCGCGCAUGCGUGCGGGGACCAGGAACAUCUACUACCUGUGCGCGCCCAACCGCCACCUGGCCCAGCACUCCCCCUACUUCGAGGCCAUGAAGAAGAAGGACAUGGAGGUACUGUUCUGCUAUGAGCAGUUUGAUGAGCUGACACUCUUGCACCUCCGUGAGUUUGACAAGAAGAAGCUGAUAUCAGUGGAGACAGACAUCGUGGUGGAUCACUAUAAGGAGGAGAAGUUUGAGGAGAGCCAGACAGCUGGAGAACGUCUGUCAGAGAAGGAGGCUGAGGAUCUGAUGGCCUGGAUGAGGAAUGCCUUAGGCUCUCGGGUCACUGGAGUCAAGGUGACGGCGCGGCUGGACACACACCCUGCCAUGAUCACCGUGCUGGAGAUGGGCGCCGCGCGCCACUUCCUGCGCAUGCAGCAGCUGGCCAAGACCCAGGAGGAGAGAGCACAGCUCCUGCAGCCCACCCUGGAGAUCAACACAGGGCAUGCUCUGAUCAAGAAGCUUAACGAGCUGAAGGACAGUCAGCCUGAUUUGGCCCAGCUGUUGCUUGACCAGAUCUAUGAGAAUGCCAUGAUUGCAGCAGGGCUGAAUGAGGACCCCAGGCCAAUGGUGAACCGGCUGAAUGAGCUCCUCACCCGAAUCCUGGAGAAGAACUGAGCCCCAAACACUGAGGGAUGAGCUCUGUGCUGAUGUCUCCUGCCUCAGGCACAGCCACUCUCUGAGCAGCUGCUUGCAGGCACU